UACUUAAUUCGGACGUAAGAAAGAAAUUCGCUUUUGCUUCCGCGGGUUUGAGAAAAACAGCUCGUGAACUGGUGUGAAAGAGAGAGGCGCUCACACACACACACACACUUCCUCACUCUCACACACUCACUCAAUUACACACUCUCACACACUCUCUUUCACACACCCUGUCUCACUCAAUCUCACACACACACACACACUCUCUCACACACACACAGUGGACACAAAGCCAGGAAAGAGAACCAAAACAAAGGACAUAUUUGGGAGUGAGAACUAACAGAUGCCAUGAAGCUACUCCGCACCAGAUGUCUGACCUUGGUCGCCAUUUAUUCACUGCUGCUGCUGACCAUUUCGUAUUUCUUGGACUGCCGCAACAAGCCGCGGGCUCCGGGCGAGCAGCAGCAGCAGCAGCUCCUUGCCAGGGAGUGCCCGGACAUUGUAGCCCCGGAGGUUUGGGCGGACUGGGGUAACGCGACAGCGGCGGCGGGCGGGACGGGCAAGCAGCACAUCUAUCUGCACGCCACCUGGAGGACCGGCUCGUCGUUCGUCGGCGAGCUCUUCAACCAGCACCCGGCCGCCUUCUACCUGUACGAGCCCAUGUGGCUCAUGUGGCAGGCUCUGUACCCGGGCGACGCGGAGAGCCUGCAGGGGGCGGUGCGGGACAUGCUGCGCUCGCUGUUCCGCUGCGACUUCUCGGUGCUGGGGCUGUACGCGGCUGCGGCCUCGGCGGCGGCUGCAGCGGCCCCGCUCAGCACCCGCACCGUGUUCGGCUGGCGCAACAACAAGGUGAUCUGCUCGGCCCCGCUGUGCGGCGCCUACAGCAAGGAGCGGGUGCAGCUGGUGGACGGCGCGGUGUGCGAGCGGCGGUGCGCGGCGCGCCCCCUCGAGGAGCUGGAGCGGGAGUGCAGGAAGUACCCGGCGGUGGUCAUCAAGGAUGUCCGGGUGCUGGACGCCGGAGUGCUGCUCACCCUGAUGCGCGACCCCUCGCUCAACUUCAAGGUGGUGCAGCUGGUGAGGGACCCCAGGGCCGUGCACAACUCCCGCCUGAAGUCCAAGCAGUCCCUGGUCAGGGAGAGCAUCCAGGUGCUGAGGAGCAAGAGCAAGAGGUCCCAGAGGGACAGCAAGGGCUCCUGGCUCUCCAGCAGAGCCCAACGGGCCGAAGCGUACGUCUCCAAAGCGCUGGAGGUGAUCUGCGAGGCUUGGAGCAGGGACCAGGCGCUGGUGAAGCGGGCUCCUGACUGGGUGCGGGCUCGCUACCUCACCGUCCGCUACGAGGACCUGGUGCUGGAGCCCCUGGGCAGCCUCAGGACGCUGUACGCCUUCGCCAACCUGACGGCCACGCCGGCCACCGAGAGCUACGUGUGGAACAUGACCCGCGGCGUGGGCUACUCCUCGGACCGGCCCUUCCUCAUCUCGUCCAGGGACGCGAAGGAAGCCGUCAGCGCCUGGAGGAAGAGGCUGAGCCUGUGGCAGAUCCAGCAGGUGGAACAGAGUUGCCAGGCGGCGAUGAAAAUGCUGGGCUACCGCCUGAGCAGCGUGGACAACACGUAGAGCCCUCCCCAGCAGCACUCAAAGGAACUGAGCCGAGGUAAACUCAACCAUACUCACAGGGUGGAAAAUAGAUGUCAUGUAGCGGAAGCUUCAUCUGCUGUGGCUUUUCAAAUUAAAAAAAAAGCCAAGAAAUUUAGAUUGGAAAAUAAAUACCUUUGCUGGAUGGGUACAAACAAUGUACUCUGAUUCUAAUGCCAUCAGAACACAGACAUACUUCACUUGUACUGUAUUUAUUUCUAAGUCAAAUCCACCUGAGCACAUCAUCUAAGCUAACAGCUGCGUCAGAGGUACCCUUUUUGGAAUGAGAGGUUAUGUUGGGACAUCCGCAUCCACCUGUGCAGGCAGAUCGGAAAUAUCCCAUGACAUUUCUUUUCCCAGAAAGAACGGGACGCCCUCUGGGAGAAACGAACAGCUGGAAAUCAGAACUGGGAAUACACAACAGGUCAAGCAGUGUGUAGAUAGAAACAGAGUUAACGUUUCAGGUUGGUAGCCGUUUGCUGUCGGUCCGGUCAAUAUUCAGUUCUUGAACAAUACCAAAGCAGAUCAACAAUCAAACAUCUCAUUGUUGUUCGCGGGAUCUUUCUGUACGCAUUUUUAAUAUUCAAUGUAAAUACAAAACAACGACCGUCCUCAGAUGCUCAUAAAGAUUUCACCAGACUAUUUUGAAGAACAUUGUCCCUGUCGUUAUUUUAAUCAAUCCAUUCAGAUAUGUUAUAACACAGCCUUGGAGCAGGUGGAACUUGAACGCAGGCCUUCUGGUUCAGAAACAUUUAUCCCUCCAUCAGACCACAUCGUCCUUUUUUUUAUUUUAUUAAACAAAUUACAAAACAGUUUUACAAUAAACAUUUACAGCUGUACAAGAGACAGCAAUUUUACAAGGGAGAGGAGCAGCAAAGCUAGGCCCCAAACCCUAUCGUUUGACCAUUUUACAGGGAGAUGAGGACAACCCUCAAAUCCCAGUUCCACAUUUAACAAGACAGUGACAAUGACAUUUGCACAUUAAACAAUACGGUUACAUACAGAAGUGCAGACAAUACAGACCCAGCAAGCCCCCAUCCCUCCCACCUUUCGACCACUCUAAGGCAGCCCGCCCCUACCCACCUUCCAGUUCUCGGUCCGCCCUCACACACCUUUCGACCACCUCUAGGACAGCCCGCCCCGGUACCCGCCCGGGGUGACAGCGGUUUAGACGGCCUACCCACCUUCCGGCUUCACUAACCACCCUCAUCACCUUUCGACCACCUCUGGGGCAGCCCGCCCCGGUAACUGCCCGGGGUGACAGCGCUGCACAUCGUCCUUUUAUAUGGCCUUGCUGUGCGUCCAUUGGUUGUGUUUCUCAACAUCAGCUGUGCAAAGCUUUGAAGUGACAUGGCAAAGUGAAAGGUGUUCCAUAAAUAGUGUUUUUAAAUGGCUGCUAUUAGAGAAAAAAAAUCACUGCCUAAGUUGAGGAUACAAAUGGUGCUUUAUAAAACUGCUUUGUUCAUUUUCAAGUGUCAACAUCAUCAUUCAGGUGACGUUUAAUGCACUUGAUGAACUACAGAUUAAUUAGUUUCUACCAUGAAGGAACUCUGGUUUAGUACUGACAAGCAUCUGAUAAUUUAGUGUUCAAUUUUUCAUAACCAAUUUUCUCAUUUUCAGUACUUUUGUAAUCUAAAAACAAAUAUUUAAUUAAAAAUGUAAAGAAAAAUGAUGUUAAAAAGUAAAGUAUUUAGCCACUUGUGUCAUAUUUUUAUUUCUGUUGAGCACAGACAUAUUUUAGGAGAUAGUGAGGAUGGCAGAUGCUGGAGAAGUCAGAGUUAAUAAAGUGUAAUGCUGGAAAAAAACACAGCAGCAUCAGGAUUGAGUCCUGAUUAAGGAUUAAGCCCAAAAUGUUGACUCUCUUGCUCCACGGAUGCUGCCUGGCCUGCUGUGCUUUUUCCAGCAUCAGACUUUAUCAAAGCAAACACAUUUUGCAAUGCUUCCAUUUUUGUGUAAACACCAUAUUGAUUAUAUAAUAGGAUAUCCAUGUGUUAUAAUUAUUGUUACAUGGCGGUGAACCCCUCUGUUAACUAAACCAAACACCCAGAAAAUCUCACCUCCCUUUGUAAAAUAUGAGUGACAAAGAACUCCCAAAUUCCAUUAUUUAAAGAAAAUAACAUCAAUUUUUUUUCUUUAACUCCAAAAGUGAACUUUAAACAACAACUAUUCACAACUCUAAAUCCUUCUUUUUCUUAACUGCUUAUUACCUGCCUCCAACUCUAUAAUAAUAUUGACACAAUGCUGGUCUGGUACAAGGUUACCUUGCCCUUGAAUUCUUUUUCAGAGAAGGGGUGUCUGAGGUUUGAAUGGUUCAUUGGGGCCUUGUUGUUUACUCUAACAGAUAGUGCUUCAGGCCAAAAGCUCGAAAGGUUUUUUGAAAACUAGUAUAUCAAGGGGGCGUGGCCAGCUCUCUAGCUGUGCAGUUUAGAACUUUAUUCAGCUCAGGAGAGAGUUGAGUAAAAGUCACAGGGGAAAAUGGAAGCCUUCUCUCUGUCCUUCUGCCCUUAUGAUUUCGAGCUGUAAGUUGCCUGUGCCAUUGUUUACUAUUUGGGACUAUUGCAAAUAUUUUCAGAACAUCAUCAUUUAGUUAGGUUUGGAUGGGAUAAGUUAUCCGGGAUUCUGUUCUCUGUUCUUUGUGUUUCAUUCUGUAAUUUUGUAAAUAAAUUUUGUUUGUUAAAACUUGGCAGUUGACCCAGCUAAUUUGCUCUGGGAAUAUCCAUUGUACACCUAACUAAACAAAUAGCAAAGUUACGGUGUGGGCGAACUGCUUAAAAAUGUUUCGAGGGGGUCUGGCCUAGUUCAUAACAAUGUACUGUUUCAAUAAACACAUAUUAAAAUUACAUCAAUUUAAUUUCAAAACCA